AUGUCAGCACCAGCAGCAGCACCAGCAAAAGUAUUACCAUCAAGAAGUGAUUUUGAUGAAAAAGAAAAAGAAAAGGAUGUAAGAACAUCAAAUAUUGUUGCAGCAAGAGCAGUCGCUGAUGCAAUCAGAACCUCAUUAGGUCCAAAAGGUAUGGAUAAAAUGAUCAUUUCACCAAAUAAUGAAGUUUUAAUUAGUAAUGAUGGUGCUACAAUUCUUCAAAAUUUAGAAUUAAGACAUCCAGCUGCUAAAAUGUUAGCAGAAUUAGCAAAAGCACAAGAUAUUGAAGCUGGCGAUGGUACAACAUCAGUAUGUGUAAUUGCAGGAUCAUUAUUAGGAGCAGUAUCACAAUUAAUGGCAAAAGGUAUUCAUCCAUCAAUUAUUAGUGAAGCAUUUAAUUUAGCAUUGAAUAAAUCAUUAGAGGUAUUGGUAUCAAUGUCAGUUCCAGUUAGUUUAACCGAUAGAGUUAGUUUGGUAAAGAGUGCAACCACCUCACUCAAUAGUAAAGUAGUAUCACAAUAUACCAAUUUAGCAUCGAUUGCAGUCGAUGCUGUAUUAAGUGUAAUCAAUCCAGCCACUGCAGUCAAUGUAAAUCUCAAGGACAUUAAAUUGAUUAAAAAGUUAGGAGGUACCAUCGAAGACACAGAAUUAGUACAAGGUUUAGUAUUUGAUCAAACAGCAUCACAUACAGCAGGUGGACCAACACGUAUUCAAAACGCAAAGAUUGGUUUGAUUCAAUUUUGUUUGUCUGCACCAAAAACAUAUAUGGAUAACAACAUCGUUGUAUCUGAUUAUUCCAAGAUGGAUAAAGUCAUCAAAGAGGAACCAAAGUUAAUAUUGGAAAUGUGUAGAAAGAUUCAAAAGAGUGGUUGCAAUGUUUUGUUGGUGCAAAAGAGUAUUCUCCGUGAUGCCGUAAACGAUCUCUCCCUUCACUAUUUAGCUAAAUUAAAGAUCCUCGUCAUCAAGGACAUUGAACGUGACGAUAUUGAAUUCAUUUGCAACACCAUCGGUUGUCAACCAGUAGCAAACAUCGAUUCUUUCACCGCCGAUAAAUUAGGUAAAGCCGAUUUGGUCGAAGAGGUUGGCACCAGUGAUGGUAAGAUCGUAAAGGUCACCGGUAUUCCAAACCCUGGUAAAACCGUCACCGUCUUAUGUCGUGGUUCAAAUAAAUUGGUUUUAGAUGAAGCCGAACGUUCCUUACACGAUGCUCUCUGCGUUAUUCGUUCCCUCGUUAAAAAGAAAUUCCUCAUCGCUGGUGGUGGUGCCCCAGAGAUUGAAGUAUCACAACAAGUCACUGCUUUCUCUAAAACUCUCACUGGUAUCACAAGUUAUUGUGUUCGUGCUUACGCUGAGGCCUUGGAGAUCAUCCCUUACACUCUUGCUGAAAAUGCUGGUCUUCAUCCAAUCUCUAUCGUCACCGAAUUAAGAAAUAAACAUGCUCAAGGUGAAAUAAACUCUGGUAUCAAUGUUAGAAAAGGCGCAAUCACAAAUAUCCUCCAAGAAAAUGUUGUACAGCCACUUUUAGUCUCAACUUCUGCUUUAACUUUAGCAACUGAAACCGUUGUAAUGUUAUUAAAGAUUGAUGAUAUUGCAACUGCAAGAUAA